AUUUCUAUUCAUUCUGUUUUGUAGUCUAAUAAGUAAUAUUUUAGGUUUUUAUUUUAAAGUAUUGUUUGUCAAGCACGUUGGUUGGCAAAUUCAUAAUUAAUAAUUAACUUUUUUUCACUAUAGUCUGGUUUAAAAACUUUGAAAUGUGCAGUUGAAGGCUGUCAUGUCCCCUUUGCCCCACUUUUUCUGAAAGGGGAAGUUGUUUAUCUGUCACUGGCUUUGUGUGUGUGUGUGUGUGUGUGUGUGUGUUUAUCACUCUGCAGAAAUUAAACCUAAUUAUUAAAAAUAAUAAUAAUGCCGUUAUUUCAUUCUGACCUGUGGGGAGUGUGUGAGAAGUACAUCACCUCUACACCCUGUACUGUAGUUUUAGGAGCUUUUACAGCUUCACUUUUGUACCUGUAUGGCAGCAGCAAGGCUCAGGUGCCGGUGUUGGUGUGUGCUGACGGAUUCCGGGCGUUCCUGCGCACACACUGCCCCGUUGUGUUGGAGCGGUUUUGCCCUACACCUUGGUGCUGGGGCGGCCGAGUGCAGACGCUCGUGCGUGUCUUCAUCAAGUCCUGCCCUGCUGUUACAUAUCGCAAUGAGAUGAUCAGGACAGGCGAUGGCGGUCAGCUCUCCCUGGACUGGGCGGAUAACCCGGAUAGUACAAACUACCCACAAUCCUCCUCUCGGCCUACGGUGCUAAUCCUACCCGGGCUGACAGGAAACAGCCAGCAGACGUACGUCCUGCACAUGGUCCAGCAAGCCAUUCGACACGGAUACAGGUGCGUUGUGAUGAAUAACCGAGGUUUUGGAGGAGAAGAGUUGCUGACUCCUCUUACGUUCUGUGCUGCCAAUACUCAAGAUGUGGAGACGGCUGUCAAUCACGUGAAAGAGCUCUACCCACAAGCCCCUCUGCUCGGAGCUGGGGUGUCUCUUGGCGGGAUGUUGUUGCUGAAUUAUCUGGCGCGUAAAGGGCGUGACUCGAAGAUGAUCGCCGGUCUCACCCUGUCCGUGAGCUGGAACUCGUUCGAAUCCUCCAAAUCUCUGGAGCAGCCAAUCAACAAGCUGCUUUUCAAUCGCCACCUCACCAGUAACCUGUGUCGCGCCAUCAACAGACACAGAAAGAUCCUGGAGAAGGUGAUAGACAUAGACUAUGUGUUAAAGGCGCGUACGAUUCGGGAGUUUGACGAGCGCUUCACGUCUGUGAUGUUUGGCUACAAGUCGUGCACUGAUUAUUACCAGGAUGCCAGUCCGGGUUACAAACUGCCCCAGAUGGCUGUCCCUGUGCUGUGCCUCAACGCCGCUGAUGAUCCCUUUUCCCCCAAACACGCUUUCCCAGUAGCUCUGGCUCAGCGCUUACCGAACGUGGCUCUCUUGGUGACAUCACACGGAGGACACAUCGGCUUCCUCGAGGGCCUUUUCCCGCACGGUGAAGGCUACAUGGAUCGAGUGUUCAGUGAAUUCGUCCGAGCCGCUUUUGAGCACCAGGAGGACCUGAAGGAGGCCUGCAGCAUCAGCAGCAUCAGCAGCAGCAGUGACAAGUAGCACAAACAUCACAGCAGCUCAGAUUAAGUACUACAGUACAUGUAGGAUUUAUAAUCCAUUAACCACCAAUACACCUCUAAGUCAUAGAUUUCAGGUAUUGAAACCUUAUUUGAUAGCAGAUUAGAAGGAAGUUUCACUUAAAAAUGACACUUUAUGCUCUAAAUGUUUUACAGCAUGCCAUGUUGUGCUCUUAAAAGGGACUGAGGGUUUACCAUUGAGAUUCAGUUUGUGGGCUGAAGAGGCACGAUCAAAAUUAAAAAUUUGUAAUGUUUGCCAAAAAUUGUGUUAUGAUUUAAGUAUAAAUUUUGGCAGAAAAACAAAUAUACACAAUUUUUUAUUUACCCCAGACAUGUUUGAUGUCCAACAUUUUCGUCUUUUGUUGUACGACUAUUAAUUUUUACCAAUCGACCAGUAAUUCAAAAAGCUGACUAGUCGUCUUUUCUACAAAAAAAAAAAAAGAAAGAAAAAAAUUUUCAGGCUGUUUUAUUAAUUCCAUUAAAUGCUGAUAACAGCAAACAAUCCACUUCAAUUAACAGCCAUACACUGGCUACAAAUUUUACAACAUUUUCAGCUUAUGUUUUUUUUUAGGCUACACGGUUAACGAAAAUAAAAUAAAUAAAUCGGUGCAAAAAAUGUGCAAAAUAAUUAAACUGUAUCGUAUUACACUAUUUAAGGACGUACCAGUUCUUAAAAAGCACUCGUGUGGAUGAUUUGCAGCUGAAAUGAUUGAUUCUGGAGCCGAGAGUGCGCAGCAUGGAAGCUCAUGUCCAUCAACAGAGCCUUCAUUAUAGCAGCGUCUAGGAGGGUUUUCCAGGCUGGUAUUGACUCGAAGUUCAACCAAAGGUCACGUAUUAAAGCUCCAGCUUGUGUAGAACGGAUAGGGAAGCUCCUUGUGAAGCCGCACUGUUUCCUCUUUUCUCUGAUUGACGUUGCUUAUACUUCUUGUUCAACUGAAACUGCUUUAUUAAAAAGCCGCAAUUUCCCAAAAUCAUCAUAAUGCCGAGAUCGUUAUCUGGUAGAGAGAGUGGUUCAGUGCGAUGCUUUUUGGGAUACAAACAAAGGUCAGCUCUAUCCUCUUCUGGCCAAGAUAUUUUACCUCUUAUUUUAGCAUUCCAUCAUGUCUGUGAGGAAGCACAAGCAUAAACAUAUUUUUAAGUGAAAUUUCCCUGUAAUAUAAGAAAUUGUGUAUAGAUAGGCUUUUUUUUAGUACACUAGGUGAAAAGAAACAUUCAAUUAAUUCUAAAUAUAACAUUAAUUGGCAAUUAUUAUUGUUCCUUAUAUCACUUCAUGUCAGUAUCAGAAAGAUGUUUUUUAAGGCCAGUGAGUGUUUUUUUUUUUUUUUUUUUUUUUUUUUUUUUUUUUUUUUUUGGAUGAUCGUGAAGUACUGUUAGUUUCAAUACUUUUACAAUCUGAACAAACUUGACUAGCUAUUUAGCCUUUUGUUUCCACUGUUGUUGAAAGUGGUUAUUAUAACAAAUGUAAUUUUACAUUCUGUGAAACAGAUAAGGGAAGGAAUUUAGACAUGGCUUAAAUUGACAGUUAUUUUACACUGUUUAUUUAAUACAAAUCAUAUAAUAGUGAUUAUUUUAUGCAAUCAGACAAUAGAAAUGCACCAACAAUCAGAUUUUUACAAAAAAAAUGUAGAAUAGUCUUUCAUUGACAUGAACAUUUAUUUUAAGACCCUAGACAAUUUCCCAAAUAAUUUAUAUUCACGGAUUUCUUCCUACUUAAGAAAUUUUUAAACGGUUGUUCUUAAAAAAAAUAAAUAAAUAAAAGUAAGGAAGGAAGGAAGAAAAUAGGGUCCAAAAGAAAUCUUGCCUUAAAAUAGUAAAGUUACAAAACAGUACAUAUUAUUAUUAUUAUUAUUAUUAUUAUUAUUAUUAUUAUUAUUAUUAUUAUUGCACAAUCAUUUAUAGUGAUCUUAUUAUUGUGGGUUUAAUAAUAUUGUUUUUCAUUUUUGUAUUAUGAUUUUUUAAUGUUAAAGAUCCUUUUUUAAUAUUAAUGAUUUUAUUUCCUUCAUCCAUUGACUUUAUUUCCAUCAUCUCAUUUCUGUGCCUCUGAACCAGACAGACCUCCAGGUGCAGUGCUAUAAACCACACGAAAUCUAACCUAGUGCAAAAGUUUUGGCGUAUCCCAUCUCCUGUACUAUCCUAUUUUGCAAAGUUACUUGUCAGAGAGGUUAUGCUAUCGAGCUGUCACUGCGUCCUGCAUUAGGAAACCACAUGACCUCAGAUUUAAGAGCAUAGGAAUCAGGAUAAUAAGGGCAAGGAUACUUCAGAAAUUAAGCUAAGCUUUUCUAGUCAGCAGACAGUUGUGAGUUUAAAUCCCAGGCCUGCCAGAGAGCCAGUGUUGCUUCUUUGAGCAAGACGUAGUCGCCAGUUGUGGGCUUGGAUUGCUUCCCACCUCUUUUCUAAGUCAAUUGGACAAAAUGAGUAAAUAUAAAUGGGUGAUCUGAUGAUUGUAGUGCCAUUUCACUCUUGGAGCUCUUACAAGUGAAUCUGAAAUGAUUUGUUAUUCUAAAAAAAGAAGAAACAUUUUACUCAAUCUCAGGCAACAUCUCAUUUUUACAAUUUUUUUUUCUUUCCCCAAGGUUUCCUUACUGCCUUACUGACAAUGGCAUUUUGCUCCUAAAUGAAAGGAACAGAGCUUUUAACAGAAUUACAGUAGCAGAUGCACAAAAUGUGCUUAAAUAGCAUUAAUGCGAAUUGUGUAACGGCAUUAUAGACAUUUGAAUGAUUUCUGACCUUGUUUUUUUUUCAAUUAAUAAUCUACUUUCCGCCUAUAAUUUGGGUAACAAGGAUAUAAUUUCAAAAUGACCUUGUCACUUAAAAUCACAACAUUACUUAAAAUAAAGGAAAAAGAAUGAGAGAGCAUACUUUUCUUCUUCGCAUGAUCUUCAGGAAAGGUUGGAUGAUCCAACUUGCUGUUGAACAUGUGAAUUGUGGAAUGCUCCAAAUAUCUCAUAGGGGGGAAUAUGUUCAGGUAACAAAAGUUGUUGAACGAACAAUGAACUAAAAUGUACAUUUUUAUAACCUGUAAUGGAUGAAUCAUGGAAAAGCAUGAUACAAGCAUGAGAUAUUAAAUACAUUCACACUUUAAGUAUUUUAGAUUGUAGUGUUUUGAAGGAUUGUAGUUCUUUAUGUUAUUUAUCUGAAACAUGCACAUAGGUUGGUUAUGUAGGUGACUUUACUUGUGUUUGAAAUGUCUUUGACCUUCACUUUACAUACGUAUUUGUAAUGUUUGUAAAUGUAAUAUCAGUAGGAUACAAAUCAUGGAAUUACCCGAAUGUUGAUUAAGGGUCAUUGCGCCACUGUAAAGGAGGACACGAAUAUUAAAGCACUUAACUGUCUUUGUACAGACUACAGGUUAAUGUUGCUACCUGUAGUUUAUUAGACUGAUUCUAAAGUAUGAUUUUCUUAUAGCUUGAAUGACUUUUGAAUGACUGAAUUCUUUUUUUUUUUUGCUUUUAAAUACUGAUUUCGGUCUAUAAACGUUGCAGUAUAUUAGCACUGAUGUGUGAAUUGAGUGAGAAGUGUCAAAUUGAGCCAUGUUCCCUUUACUAUCUGGACCUGAAUCAGGUGUGUGUGUUUCCUGUCAACUGGCUGAUCUGGAGUCAGCCAACAGAGCCAGAGAUCUAAAGACAAAAUUAUGGACUAACCUCCUAUAUAGUAUGUACUGGUGCUUAGUUUGUUUAUGUUCAUGCUAUAUUUUUAAUCUGUGACCACUUACAGUUUUAACAAUAACAAUAAUGAUACAUCAGUGAAAUGUGAAACAGAUUAUAGAUUUAUUUUUAUAUAGUCAGAAGUUGUGUAAGCAGAGACCAUAAUAACUGUGCUGACUUUGGUCAGAGUGGAAGAGUCGAAUCUACCACCUACAGGUGUGUGUUUGACAACCAGGGGCUUAUAACGCACAUGAAAAAUCACUGUUCACAUAAGAUAUGUGAAGGUAGACUAGAGAAUUAUAUUUACAGUUGAAUGCUGUACUGUACACACUGUAUUGGUAUAUGAAGCUUUUCACUCUUGCCUUGGUCUUGGUAUAAAAUCUCACCAAGUUUUCAUUAUUCUGAGUUUAAUAUAGUCAAAUGUCCAUAGUGCGCUGAAGUCUAAUACUGAAGCAUCAAUAAAACACUUAAAGCAGCA